AUGGAGACAGAGGAGGUCACUUAUUCUGCAGUGGUGAACAAGAUAUGCGGGAAGGCGAAUGGUGAUGAAACAACGACUGAGCUGAAAUUGAGUUACGUUCCAAAAUCAGUGGAGCCUAAGAGACCAAUAUACAUAUUUGAUGAUGAUGAUGUUAUGUGUUAUAUGGAUAUGAAUGAAGAUCAUUUCGAAGUUUUGCAUGUCGAAGUCAAUUUAGAAAGGGUUGCAAGUGGGCUUUACGAGCAGCAAGGAAUGGGAAUGCAGACAGUUUCUUGGUCAGAACUUACACUAAGAUACAUACAUGCUUACGGUCAGAAACAAAGGGAAAAGCUAGCUGCAGCUGACCUUCGUGGUACCGCAGAGGAUAGUUAUAAGUUGGUUUAUUGUUAUAUGCACAUGUUGGAGAAGAUGAAUCCAGGCUUCAAUUCCAUGAGAAAGGUGAUCAUUGUGGAUGCAACCAGUAUUAAAAAUGUAUAUGGUGGAGUACUAAUCGUGGCUUCAGCUCAAGAUCCGGAUCACCACCAUUAUCCAAUUGCAUUUGGUGUAGUUGACAGUGAGAAUAAUGCAAGUUGGACUUGGUUUUUCAGUAAAUUGAAAUCAGUUAUACCAGAUUGUACUGAGUUGGUCUUCUGUUCUGAUAGACAUCAAAGCUUGAUCAUGUCAAUAAGUACGGUGUAUCCGUUGUCUCAUCAUGGAUAUUGUAUUUAUCACUUGUCUCAGAAUGUUAAACUGAGCUGUAAGAACGUGAACAGAGAUGUAGUUGCGACGACGUUCAUGCAAGUUGCGAAGGCUUACACCGAGUCUGAGUUUGAGAAACUCUAUGCUGAUUUCAGUAAAAGGUUUACAGCUGCAGAUACUUAUCUUGAUAAUCACGUAGGACAACAUAAAUGGGCACGAUGUUUCUAUCCAGGAGCUAGAUACAACAUUGAUACAACUAAUACAGUUGAAUCUAUUAAUGGUGUCUUUAGAUUCUUAAGGGCAUACGCUUUACUACCAAUGAUAGAUGCGAUUGUUGCCAAACUAGCUGAAUGGUUUAAUAAAUAUAGGAAAAUAUCUAUAGAGACACCAAUAGAGCAGAAGUUAGUCCCUUUUGUUGAGAAGUUGUUGCACGAUAGAUGUUCAGACGCAAAGCUCUUACCGGUGACUGAACUAAACAACUAUUUUCACGAAUACAGUGUGAUUGGAGUUGAUGGUAGUAGUUAUGUGUAG